AUGUCAGGCGCACAGGGAGCACAGCCACUGGAGUCAAAGACUGCAACAACAUACGAGUCAAUAUCUGGGGGAGAGAACAAAACCAAGAUUGAGAUACAUUCAAAAGAGGAUCAGGGUAUGAUUCAAAUAGAUAAGUUGCAGGACAAGGUCCAAGAUGCUGCUGGAAAAGGUGGCCCUGAAUUUGGUGCUGGUAAAGAUGAAAACAAGCAGGACCUUGGUGUUACUGGGACACCUGCGAAUGAGAACCUCACCUAGCUAGCUCUAUAUCAUAUGUAUUUCUAUUAAGCUUUUUAUGUACUUUACUGUAGAA